CUUUCCACAUUAUAAUUUUCCAAAACCCUAAAUUUUGCAAUUGAAGCAUGAGCCUUCAAUUGUUUCGCUCAUUUCGCUUCUGCAGCAAAGUCAUUCAUAGCCGUUCAUUCCUCUCCUCUUUCUCAACCCUGACGAGGUGGUACAGAUAAAUUAUAUAUUGGAGGUGAUUUAAAUGGGCAUGUUGGGCGAGUCGAGAUGGCUACGAGAGUGAUCAUGGAGGCUUUGGGUAUGGGCAGAGGGACGCUGGUGGUGAAGCUAUUAUGGAUUUUACCAAUACUUGGUUUAAGAAGCGAGAUUCAAACUUGAUAACUUUCCAGAGUGGAAUGGAGCAAAUGCAGCACAAAUAGACUUCCUGCUCACAAGGAGCACGGAUAGACAAAGUUGCUUAAACUGCAAGGUCAUCCCGGUAGAGAGUGUGGUCACCCAACACCGGCUUUUGGUUAUGAUUAUUCGUUUGAAAGAGAAGGCAAAGAAAAAAGGAAGACAAGAGGAGCCAAGGAUAAGAUGGUGGACUUUAAGGGAUGAAAAUGCUAAGGUCUUUGCAGAAAUGGUAAUCAAGAAGGCGGAUUGGGAUGGAGAGGUGGAUCCGGACAUGACUUGGUUACGAAUGAAGAACUGUUUCCUGAGAGUGGCUAAAGAGGUCUUAAGGGAAUCAAGGGGAAGAACUUCGAUGCGGAGAGAUACUUCGUGGUGGAAUGAAGAGGUGAAAGCAGUAAUUAAGCAAAAAAGAGAAUGCUAUCAAGCCAUUGGGAAAAUGUAGGAGUGACGAAACAUUUACAGCGUAUAAGGAGGCUAAGAGUAAGGCAAAGGUAGCUGUUCGACAAGCGAAAUAAAAGGCUUAUUGGAGGUUUAUGAAAAGCUUGACUCUAAGGAGGGAGAAAAGAUCAUUUAUAAGAUGGCUAAGAAAAGACAAGAGGCAAGGAAGGAUAUUGGCAUGGUAAAAUGUGUCAAAGAUAAGAACCAAAUUGUGCUAGUACAAGAGGAGGACAUCAGGUGGAAGGGGUACUUUGAUAUAUUGUUUAAUGGAAGUAAUGGAGUUGUGACAAGUGCUCCGUGAGUGAUGAAGAAAUCAACAUGGAAUAUGUGCGGAGGAUUAGAAGAGUAGAGGUGGAGAUUGCACUGAAGAAGAUGAAACCUAAGAAGGCGGUUGGCCCUAAUGGUAUACCGAUAGAGGUGUGGAGGUGUUUGGGUAAGAUUGGUAUUGAUUGGUUAACAAACCUCUUCAACAUGAUAUGGAGGGCUACGAGGAUCCUGGAAGAUUGGAGGAAGAGCACCUUGGUCCUGGUUUAUAAAAACAAAGGAGACGCUCAAGAUUGUUCUAACUAUCGAGGGAUCAAGCUUAUGAGCCACACUAUGAAGUUGCGGGAAAGAGUAAUUGAACAUAGGUUGAGGGCAUGCACAAGCAUUUUGGAUAACCAAAUUAGAUUUAUGCCUGGGAGCUCUACAAUGGAAGCAAUCCAUUUGAUAAGACAAAUGAUGGAGUUUUAUCGGGUAAAGAAGAAGGAUCUUCAUAUGGUCUUUAUUGAUUUAGAGAAGGCAUAUGUCAAGGUGCCAAGAGAGGUACUUUGGUGGGCAAUGUUGAAGAAAAGUAUCCCACUAAGGUACGUGGAUUUGGUUAAGGAUAUGUAUCGGGAUGUGUCAACAAAUGUAAGGACAUGUGGAGGGUUACAAUUGGAUUGCAUCAAGAGUCUGCAUUAAGCCCUUUUCUUUUUGCAACGGUUUUAGAUGAAGUAAUUAGACCAAUUCAAGAUGAGGUUCCAUGAUGUAUGUUGUUUGCGGAUGAUAUCGUUCUGGUGGAUGAAACUAAAGAUGGGGUUAAUGCCAAGUUGGAGCAAUGGAGGCAAAGGUUGGAAUCUAGAGGGUUUAAGCUAAGUCGGAUGAAUAUUUGGUAUGCCGCGUGGUACUCAGAGGGGGGACAAGCGAUGAAGCGGUAAGUUUGGAUGGAAAGAAUUUCACCAUGAGUGAAUGUUUUAAGUAUCUUGGAUCGAUCAUCCAGAAAAAUGGUAACAUUGAUCAAGAUGUGGCCCACGGGAUUAAUUCGGGGUGGCUUAAAUGGAGAGCGGCCAUAGGAGUGUUAUGUGACCGAAACAUUCCUUACAGUUGAAGGAAAAAUUCUACAAGACUGUCAUAAGACCAGUGUACAGAAUGUUGGGUUUUUAAGGAGCACAUUAAGAAGAUGGAGGCUACGGAAAUGCGCAUGUUAAGGUGGAUGUAUGGGAACACUCUAAGAGAUAGAAUCAGAAAUGAGGUUAUUCGCAAGAAAGUAGGUGUGACAGGUAUUGCGGACAAUAUAAGGGAAAAUCGCUUGCAUUGGUUUGGGCAUGUAAGACGGAGACCUGAGGGUGCACCGGUUCGAAGAGUGGAAGAGUGGGACCAUAGAGGGGUUAAACGAGGGAGAGGGAGACCGAAAAUGACUUGGUUGGAAAGAGUUAGGAAGGAUAUGAAGUAUAUGGAUUUGCGUGAGGAUGAAGCAUUGGAUCAUAAGGGAUGGAGGAGGAAGAUUUUUGCAGAUGACCACACGGAAUAAUCAAGUUUGGUUCAUGUAGCCGACCCCAUUUAUGGGAUUAAGGCUUUGAUUGUUUGAUUGAUUUUUUAUAUUUUUUGGUCCUUUGUUUAUAUUUUUUGUCUCAAAUUAUGCUUCUUGUGCUUAUUCAAUCAAUGAUAUUAGCAUAUAAAUAUAGCUUUAUACAAGUAUUUCACACGAUAGAAUCCCAUAUUUUCAAUGCCUCGGAUCUUUUUUUACCAGUCACUUAUGAUGUCAUGAUGUUGAUUACUGAUUUACUGCUCAAUGUUUGGAUUUACCAUCAACUGUCACUUUUGUAAUAUUGUCCUUCACCUUUUUCCUGUUUGGUUUGUCUCUAGCAGAUCUUACACGAUUCUAUUAAUUAUUUGUCAUUUGAGUAUAUGUUCUAUAUUCUUAGCUAUUUUGAUAGGUAAUACAUACUCUAUAUUUUUUCAGCAUUGGGAACCUGAAAGCUGUACCCCUUCUGACGACUUACAGGCCUGCUUUCCAUCUGCUAUAGAUGAUACAUCGGAAAUCGAAUUUGAUGAACUUGUUGAUGAUGGAGCUGCCAAGGAGAAACACACUGCAUUGCAUGGUGCUCUAACGCAACUUGCAAGUGAAUUUGGGAAAGAGUGCAGGUUGUCUUUGCCAAAUUUCUUUAUUCCCCGUUGCGCUUCAGUGAUAUCAACAGGGUCCUUAAAGCUUGACCUGGCUCUUGGGAUAGGAGGUUUACCAAAGGGGAGAAUUGUCGAGAUUUUUGGAAAGGAAGCCUCUGGAAAAACAACACUUGCCCUUCAUGUGAUUAAAGAAGCCCAAAAGCUUGGAGGUUUUUGUGCAUAUCUUGAUGCUGAAAAUGCUAUGGAUCCCAUGCUUGCUGAAGCCAUUGGUGUUGAUACAAAGAAUCUGCUUAUAUCAUGUCCAGAUUCAGCGGAGAACAUGCUUAGUGUAGUUGAUAAAUUGACCCAAAGUGGGUCAUUAGAUGUGAUUGUGGUUGAUAGUGUAGCAGCUCUUGUUCCACAGUGUGAGCUUGAUGGUGAAAUUGGAACUGGUGAACCUGAUGCCCUUUCAAAAAUAAUGACCAAGGCACUCAAAAGGAUUCAUUACUCAUUAUGUCGAUCAAAAACACUCAUCAUAUUUCUUAAUCAGGUAAGAUACAGUCCAAGAUCCAAUCAGGGUCCUGGUAUGAGGGAUGAGGUAACUUGUGGUGGGAAUGCCCUGGGAUUCUACGCUGCAGCACGAUUGAGAAUUUCAAGAACUGGACUGUUAAAGCUGAAUGAUGAGGUGACUGGCAUCAAGAUAUGUGUUCAAGUGAUGAAAAAUAAAUUAGCACCAGGAAUGAAGAGCACUAAAUUGGGAAUUGACUUUGGAAGAGGAUUACGCUUUGAACCUGAGGUCUUAGAAUUGGCUAUUGAGCAUGGUCUGAUUAUAAAGCAAGGUGAUAGUUAUUUGAUUGAGGGGGAAUCUGUUAGCAGUGAGCAUGCUGCUGAAAGAUAUUUGGCAGAAAAUGAGAUAGUUUUGGAGAAAGUGGUCAUGGACUUGAGACGUCAGUUAUUUGACAGGAAUUCCUGAUUGCCUUGUAUCAUUGGUUUGAUAAUCUUUGCUGCACUUGAUUAUUACUGUGAAGUCACUGCUAUACUGUGGUAACAUUGCUAGAGGAUCCGUGUGAAGCUUUAUGUAUUACUAUUUGUCUCCUUGGGGCAGGUUUUAAACGGAUUCGGAUGCUCUCUAUCUAGGGGUUAGAAAAUCAGACCUGUGGUUUCAGGAGAAUUUAAGUCUGAUCCUGCUCUCUGUGUAAUGAAGCUGAUUCUUUCAUGGAACAAAGGGGUCCAUUAAAUUUAAGUGUUCCUGCAGAACCUUCUGCCAUGUCGAGUUCUUGUUCUGUUUUUUUUUAUUUUAGUGAACCUUCCUCCCUGGUAUUCCCCUUUAUUUGAAACGAUACAGUGGCAUCACUCUUCAGCGCUGUGCAUUUUUAUUUAAAUACUAGUACUAGAUUAGGAUUGCUAACUUUAUUGCUUGUGUAAUAUAACCAACUCUGUUCCUUACAAGCCUUUGUAGCUCUUUGAAAAUACUAGAUCCUAUUUCCUGUAGCGAAAAUUUGCAGGAUCGUACUUCAUUCUGUCUUAUGAGUUAUGUCCUUUCAUUUU